CAGCGACUUGGGCGCGGCGGAGAUGAUCUUUCGCGGCCCCGAGCCCAGGGCGGCGCGGCCGGAGUGGGCUGGGGUCCCGAUGCAGGCCCGAGGGGGGCCAUGGGGCAGGUCCUGCCGGUCUUCGCCCACUGCAAAGAAGCACCCUCCACAGCCUCCUCUACCCCUGACUCCACAGAAGGAGGGAACGACGACUCUGAUUUUCGAGAGCUGCACACGGCCCGGGAGUUCUCGGAGGACGACGAGGAGGAGACCACGUCGCAGGGCUGGGGCACCCCUCGGGAGCUGACCUUCUCCUACAUCGCCUUCGAAGGCGUGCUGGGCUGGGCCGCCCGGGGCGCGGGCUCCAGCCCGGACUCCUCCACCAGCAGCUCCACCCCGCUGGAAGACGAGGAGCAGGACAGAUCGGAGGCCGGAGAGGCUGAGGAUGAAUUGGGCCUCCAACUCCGGCUGACACAGCCCUCGCCGCCCGAGGGCUGGGCACCCCAGCCCAGCCCCAGCUCUGGGACUUCCCGGGCGCACACUCCAUCCCCAGCCCCAUCCCGGGAUUCGAACUCUUGGCGAGAUGAGCCCUCGCUGGACCCGAAGGAAGAAGAGCCGUGGGGGCCGCUGGAACGGGAGCCAAUCACGGGGCAGUGCCUCGAUAGCACUGACCAAUCCGAGUUCGCGUUCAAACCACACCUUCUAGUGGCGGACCUGCUGUACUGGAAGGACGCGAGGUGGUCGGGAGCCGUCUUCACGGGCCUCAUGGUCUCCCUGCUCUGCCUUCUGCACUUCAGCAUCGUGUCGGUGGCCGCCCACGUGGCCCUGCUGCUGCUCUGCGGCACCAUUUCUCUCAGGGUUUACCGCAAAAUGCUGCAGGCCGUCAGCCGCGGGGACGGCGCCAACCCUUUCCAGGCCUACCUGGACGUGGACCUGACCCUGACCCUGGAGCAGACAGAGUGUCUGUCCCAGCAGAUUGCCUCCCGCGUGGUCUCUGGGGCCAGGCACCUGCGGCAUUUCUUCUUGGUCGAAGACUUCGUGGACUCCCUCAAGCUGGCCCUCCUGUUCUACAUCCUGACCUAUGUGGGCGCUGUCUUCAACGGUUUGACUCUUCUCAUUCUGGGAGUGAUCGCUUUAUUCACUCUGCCCCUGCUGUACCGGCAGCACCAGGUCCAGAUCGACCAGUAUGUGGGGUUGGUGACAAAUCAGUUGAGCCACAUCAAAGCUAAGAUCCGAGCUAAGAUCCCAGGGACCGGAGCCCUUGCCUCGGCAGCUGCUGCAGUUUCCGGAUCCAAAGCCAAAGCCGAAUGAGAAGGGGUGUCUCUGCCCGCGGACGCCUGCCCCUGCCCCUACCCCCAGCACCCGUUUCCCCCUUCCAUGCCCAACCAUAUCCCCCUGGCUCCAUUUCCCUGUGGUUGUCAGGAUCGCCCAUACCAGGGCGUUUGGGCAAUUGACCUGAGCAACCGGGACUACGUUUCCCAUGAGGCUCUGCUCUAAGAGUCUAGGAAAGCUAAGACACCGUGACCGUGUGGCCUGCUGGGACUUGUAGUUGUCUAGACAGGGUACCCACCCUGCACUAACACAAAACCGACAGUGGAGGCGCCCUGCGUGGUUGGUGUCUGGGAUGCCACUGGUCCCUGUGCCGGGGCUUUGCAUGGGGCCCAGAGGAGGCCUGAGCUUGGAUUUACACCGUAAUAAAGACUUCUGUGGAAAACCCAAA